AAAGGAGGAAAAGACACAAAAAGAAUCAGCUGCAAUGCCUGUAACUUGUCACAUCCAUAUCUGGCCCUUAAGGUAUCAACCACCACCAUCCCUAUCUUCCACCCUCUGAUCAAACCCAAACGCACCCAAUCCAACCCCCAAAAAGAAGAAAAAAAAAAUUCAAAACUUGUGAUUUUAACUCAUUUGCCCCAAAAUCUCUCUUUGGUCUUCCUCCAAUGGACAGCAACCAGCAAGGUCAGUCAUCUUACCCACCUCAGCAUCCCACUUCUGCUAUUACCCCUUCUCCUUCCUCCACCACCACCACCGCCACUCCUCCUCCUCCGCCUCCUUUCCACCACCUCCUCCAACAGCAGCAUGAGCAACUCCAUAUGUUCUGGAAUUACCAACGCCAAGAAAUUGAGCAAGUCAACGACUUCAAGAACCACCAACUCCCUCUGGCCCGCAUCAAGAAGAUCAUGAAAGCGGAUGAAGACGUCCGCAUGAUCUCCGCUGAGGCUCCCAUUCUCUUCGCCAAAGCUUGUGAGCUUUUCAUUUUGGAACUCACCAUCCGCUCUUGGCUUCACGCCGAGGAGAACAAGCGACGGACGCUUCAGAAAAACGACAUCGCUGCGGCGAUUACGAGGACCGACAUUUUCGAUUUCUUGGUGGAUAUUGUGCCCAGGGAUGAGAUCAAGGACGAGGCUGGUUUGGGUGGGAUGGUGGGGGCCACCGCUGGUGGGGUGCCCUACUUUUAUCCUCCCAUGGGUCAGCCUGCUGGGGGUCCUGGUGGGAUGAUGAUUGGGAGGCCGGCCGUCGACCCCACGGCUGGUAUUUUUGCCCAGCCUCCUUCCCAGGCUUGGCAGAGUGUUUGGCAGACGGCUGGGGCUGAGGAUGGGUCGUUUGGCAGUGGAGGUAACAGAGGUCAGGGGAAUCUUGACGGACAAGGCUAAGCAAUUCAUUGGUCCAAUAUGGUGCUCAGUGGUGUGGCAAAUGUAUGGAGCUCCGGUGAUCUACUAGGAAUUUUGCUUGCAUAUGAUUUAUGAAUGCACCUAUCUGCUAUUGUUUAUGAAAGCUACUUUAAAUAUGGAGUUCUUUAGAAACUUCUCAAAGACCUUUACUCAUUUAGUGUAGCGAAACAAUUUCUUGCUGCUAUGACUCGCCUAAUCAUAUCUAGUGUGCAGUUCUGGAUUGAUUAUCCCCUUAUGUUCUCAUGUGUUCAUAUGCUUUUCGAUCACUAGUGGGUUUCGCAUCCGAAACUCCUUCCUGAUCUACUAAAAGUUCAAAGAACAACAUUUCUCCCUGUUAGAACCCCUGCUGAAUUUUUUUCUGGUAUUUUCAUUCUUGUGUGAAAGAACCCUGAUCCAUAUCUCCGUUUGCUCUCAAAGCUCAGACCCUAAAACACAGAAAUUAACACUUGAGCUUUAUAAUUGAUGAGAGCAACAGAAGGGAACAAGUUAAGAACAUCAACCAGAAGUUUGGUCCAAUGUAAGCUUUGUUCAUGAUUAGUUGGUAAAGCGUGACCAAAUCCCCCGAGUGACAUUGUAGUUAUAGUAAGGCCAUAGUUUGUUUACGGCCCAACAUGUCAAAAGAGCCUUUAAUCUGGGCCCAAAAUGGUCCAGAUAUAGAAAAUGCUGUCUAAGGGGCCCAAAAUUGUGGGCAGCCAUCGGCCCAUGGGCACCUACAAUUUAUGGAUGAUUUGGUCUCAAAAUAGCCAAAAUUGGCUUCCAAAUUUGAUUCAGAAAAGUCUCCUCAGACGACUAUGAAUUAUCUAUCCACUACC